GGUUCCAUUGCGGUCAAUUGCAGAUUCGCUUUUAAGGUCACACCCACAAUACCAUGGACGAAGAAUUGGUCCCGAGAGAUUGGAGUAUUCUCGAACUCUUACAACCUCAAAUGGUCAUGAAGUUUCGUGGCACAGCGCAGAAUCAAUUACCAGGUCCAUGCAGAUGCAAAUUGUUGAUGCACUACGCUUGGGUGAGAGAGGCAAAGCUUCCAAUCUGCUUUUGAAUGUUGGCCAUGGGAAUGAUUCGUUAAGAGCUGAUGAUUUCAUCUAUAUUCUUAAUUACUGUGCUAAGUCACCUGAUCCAUUGUUUGUCAUGGAGACUUGGAGAAUAAUGGAUGAAAAAGAGAUUAGCCUGAAUAACAUUUGCUCUUUGCUUAUGGUGCAAGCUCUAUGUAAAGGAGGAUAUUUGGAGGAGGCAUUUAAGUUGAUAAAUUUCCUUGGAGAAAGUCCUGGCAUCUAUCCAGUUCUACCUAUCUACAACAGUUUCUUAAGGGCUUGUGCCAAAAGGCAGAGUAUAAAAAAUGCCAAUCAGUGUUUGGACUUGAUGGAGCGUCAAAUGGUGGGGAAGAAUGAAGUUACAUAUUCAGAGCUUCUCAAGCUUGCAGUUUGGCAGCAAAACCUGCCUGCGGCCCAUGAAAUUUGGAAGGAUUAUAUCAAACACUACAGUCUGAGCAUUAUUCCUCUACGGAAGUUUAUUUGGUCUUUUACUAGGUUGGGAGAUUUAAAAUCUGCGUAUGAGAAGUUGCAAUAUAUGAUGGCUUUAGCCAUCGGGGGAAACACUUAUGUUAAUAAAACUUCUGAAGGAAAGUUGUAUUCGUCAAGAUUAGACAUUCCUAUACCUUCAAUCUGUGAAUUAAACUUGAAGAAACUUGAUUUGGAGGAGAAUAAACAUUCUGUUCCUUCCAUAUACUGUGAGAAUUUGGAUGACCAUGCUGUUAAUGCAGAUCAGUGCACUACUUUUGGCUUGGGAGUUGGAGAAGUUGAAAAUGUUCGAAUGGAUAUGCUUGAUAUACAUAUAAGCCAGCCUGUUAUGAAAAUUUUAAGAUGGUCAUUCAGUGAUGUUAUUCAUGCUUGUGCACGAUUAAGAAAUGGUGGCUUGGCAGAACAGUUGAUCCUACAGAUAUCAUCUUAUGACAUACUAAAGGAGCCCAUUUUUGUCUAGAUGCAAAAAUUUGGGU